CUGUGCUCGUACCGCCGGUGUCCGCCAGGCGGCGGCGUCUCCGUACACUCUGGUGCCAAAGCAGGUGCGCCGAGGUGAGGCCGGCAGCGAGGAGGACUCGGGUGUUUCCGUCGCGGCUCGGAGUCGGCAGUGAACCGCUGUGGAUGUGGGAAUGCGGUUGCCGGAGGCAGCGGGCAUUGCUGGACACUCGGCGGAGAUGUGCGUACAGAAACAGGAGCCCUCAGCGGUUGGCUGUGGUCCACGUUAACGGGCUGUUUUGGGGAUGUGGGUGGGAGACACCGGACGGCUGGGUGUCGCUCGGAACUGGGAAGCUGGGGUUUUUCCCCCCCAUUUUCCCGGGGAUUUUAUAUUUUGUAGGGGAGACGGAAUAAGAGAGGAGCCAAGAAGGAUUCCCCAGCACUGUGGAGCCACGCAUUGCAGGCAGCUGUGAAAGGUGACAGUGAAAUGAAAUGCAAAGCAUCUGACCCUCAACUGUAAACUUUGGUACCUGGUGCUGCUGCACAUAGGAGUGACAAUACGUAACAGCAUCAAGUUGUGGAGUUUGUGAAGCCAACUGCAGCAUCAUGUUCUACGGUUCUUCCUCUGGGGCCAGUAUGUCCCUACCAUCCAAGAGCCGCCUGAAACGCCAGAGUAGGACCUUCACACAGGUCCUGUACCGCACUCUGAGUUAUAGAGACCGUGUCCCAGUAGAAACUGGAACAAACACUCGUGGGGACCGGCGCUCAACGACUGAACCCCCAGAGCGACCGGCGGACGACCCAGCUGAACUCUCCACACAGAGCUCGGCCCCUGGGGUGCUGAAGAUCUUUGGAGAUGAAAUUUGUGCCGGUGCCAACUACAAGAGCGUUCUGGCCACGCCUCGUUCCAGUGCACAGGAACUGGUCAAAGAGGCACUCGAGCGUUACUCACUCAACAAGAAUGCUGCCCACUCAUACGUCCUGUGCGACGUCAUUGGGCAUUUUGAGGGGGGAGGUGGGAUUGGAGGAGGGGGGUGGCGGACUGAAUGCUUGCGUGCGCUGGGGGACAAUGAAAAGCCGUUGUUGCUCCAAGAGCUGUGGAAACCCAGAGAAGGACAUGCUCGCAGAUUUGAGCUGCGCAGGAGAGCAGAAGUAGAGGAACUCAAUGCCAAGGAGAAGGAUACCAUCACUGCUGGGCCCAAAACCUCCCAAUUCCUGGCGGCCCUAAUGGGUCGGUCUGGGCUGGGCAAACACAGGAACUCCCCUAUGCGGUCUGGUCGAGUGGUACAGUCCAGCUCUAAAGAUAUUAAUGCUCAGGCUCGUAAGCUCCAGAGGAACAGGGCCAAGGGGACGCUGACCCUGCCCCGGUCCAGCAACUCAUCCUUCUGCCGCAGCCUCAGCGAGACCAGCCUCAACCAGCUGGGAGUGGGAGAGGAGCCCAAGCGUUAUUACUCCACUCUGCCAGGGCCCUUAAGGGGUCGAGAACGUGAGGCGGCCUCCAGCGGCCGGAGGAAAGAGGAGGGGAGUCAGGGAGGAGGAGGGGUGAGGCACUCGCUUUACCAGUCCCCACACCUCCUGCUGCUACAGGGAUACAAUCGGCAGGACUGUUUGGUGUACCUAUUGAACCGAGAGCAGCACACAGUUGGUCAGGAGACUCCAUCAGCUCGCCCCAACAUCUGCCUCUUUUCUCCUGACAUCCUGCCCCUCCACUGCCGCCUGUGCCGAGUUCCCGCACCCCGUCGUCAUGCCAACAACAAGGGAGAAAAGCUGGUGGAGAGUCAGCGGUUCUGUGUUGCUGUUGAGCCGGUGCUCCACGCUACAGUUCUGGUGAACUUUUCCCGCUGCGAGCGCUCCACCUCGCUGCGACACGGUGACCUCCUCUCCUUCGGAGCGCAUUACAUCUUCCUGUAUAAGGACCCCACGGGCGCUAAGCCUUUGCCUGCUCAGACCUUGGCACGCCUUCGCUCCCUGGGGCAGCUUUACGAUACAGGGGUGGAGGAGGGAGAGACUCAGACUUGUAAGAUGUGUGGUUCUGUGCUGAAGGACAGAGGAGCGCAGGUGUCAAGUGUUCCAGCAGUUAGACGCAGCUUCAAACCUCACCUGAUAAAACCCCGCAGCGGGGGGACAGCAGCGGGAGGGCCCCUAAGUUUGUCAGGAGGGGAAGGAGGAGGAGGAAGAGGAGGUCAGAAAAGAAGGCUACAGCUGGAGUUUGACCAGGCUCAUGAAGACCAGCUGUUAAACAGGAUUGUGUCUCUCAUAGAACCUGGAGGAGAUGACCAUAAGCUGACACCUGCCUACCUGCUGUGUCUGUGCAUACAACACUCUGCCUCAUCCUUCCCACCUGGGAGUUUUGGAAAACUGCUGCUCAAGAUUGUUCGACGGAUCCAGACCAUCGCAUGGGAGAAGACAAAGGAGCUGGCUCAGAAGCAAGCUCAGCACCAAGACCCGGCCUCCCUGUCUCUGCUCAGUAUCUCCGACUUGGUCCCAGACCUGCAGACCAUCUUCUUCUGGAUGUCCAACUCCAUCGAGAUCCUCUACUUUAUACAGCAAAGAGCACCAGCAUACACACACAGCAUAGAGACACUGCAAGGGUCAAAGGAGUCGUUGCUAUCGGCGACCAUAUCAGCAAACGAGGAGGCAAUGACUAUCUUGGAAGAAGUGAUCAUGUACACUUUCCAGCAAUGUGUCUACUAUAUCACCAAGGCUCUUUAUGUAGUGUUACCAGGUUUGUUAGACUGUAAUCCAUUCCCAGUCGACAGCUCUGAGCCCUGCUGGAAAGGAGGUGUAGGGUUUCCUGAACCUGUACGCAGGGUCCUGCAGGUGUUUCAGAAUACCCAGGAACUUUUGCAGGGCUACCAGGUCCACCCGGAGAUCCAGGCUCAGAUGUUUGCUUACCUCUUCUUCUUCUCCAACGUGUCGCUGUUUAACCAGCUAAUGGACAAAGGUCCAUCUCGGGGUUGGUUGCAGCGCUCCAAGGUGUUGCAGAUUCAGGCGUGUUUACGGAUGGUCAUGGAGUGGGCGAGCAGGUCUGGUCUGGGACAUCUGACAGACAAAUUCUUCACCAAACUCAACAGCACUGUGUCCAUACUGGCCACCCCACAACAGCUCACACAGUUGAGUUGGCGAGCUUUGUCCAGUGAGCAUCCGACUCUGAAACCGGUCCAGCUGCACAGGAUCCUUACCCAGUACCAGCUCACAGCAGAGCUAGGCCCUGUCCCAACAUGGCAAGCCAGCAGUGAGGACGAGGCGUAUAUAUACAGAACAGUGGACCUCCUGGAGAGCUUUGAGAACCACCCUCCCAUAGUGCUGCCCAGCGCCGGCUUCAGAGUGGACCUGGACAGUGAGUGUGUGGAAGACAGCAUCUACAGACAGCUGCUAUACAUCCGCCACUACCUGUGGGGGCUACGCACCAAGACACAAACACACACCAACACUCCCGGUGUGCACACACACUCCAACGGAACCAACACAGCUGAUUGGCCUGACGUUCAGAGGGAGUUGUUGCCUCCGGCCCACAGCAGUCCCCGCUCUGGGGGUCCUGGGGACGAGGUGACGGCAGAGACAGGAGAGGAGAGAGGACGGGACAGACCCUCAGGCCAAUCACACACACACAGCCUCAGAAGGAAUGGCACCAUCCACCACCCUCGAACAGCAAAUCCAGACCCGUCCUGCCUCUUGACCCCUCCCCACACCCCGCUGUACCCUGAUGGAGGAGGAGGGCCUGGGCCGAUCAUAGGCCCCAACACCCAGACUAACGGCUGCACCAGCAGAACUGUGGCAGAAUGUAAAAAGACAAAUGGACUCAUCACCAACGGACUGGAGGUGGAACUGGACAAGGGACCCUACGGACUGGGAAUGGGACUCAUAGACGGCCUGCACACUCCUCUCAACGCUCCAGGCAUUUACAUCCGGACUCUGAUCCCUGACGGACCUGCUGCCUCCGACGGCAGACUGAGGAUCGGAGAUCGCAUCCUGGCUGUGAACGGGACCAGUCUGAUAGGAGCAGACUACCAGAGUGCGGUGGAUCUGAUUCGUCUUGGAGGAGGUCGCCUACGUUUCCUGGUAGCCAAGUCCGACCCCGACGUCUCAGAGAAGAUCAGUGCCUCCUCCUGUUGACCACCUCUGAGCAGCCGCUGCCCCUCGAAGGCACGCACAGCA